AUGAUGAGUGGAAGCGAUUUAUGUAAAUGGUCGACUAUUGAAGAUGAACAUUAUCCACUUGAACAGGCGAGAUUUUUAGCUAGACGUUUAACAUGUAACGAUAGAAAUGUUGAUGUUUUACUUGAUUGUUUACGACAACGAAGUGGACUUGACAUCAUGAAUUCUGCUAAGCAUGUUUGGUUUCCUGAUGAAUUUGGCGGCCAUCCAUGGCGUCCUACCAUUGAUACAUUCACAGAUGAUGUUAUUCGACCAAUUUUUUCACGUCGACCUAUUGAACUCCGUCGUUUAGGAUUAUUUGCGAAUGUAUCUGUUAUUUUGGGUACAACAAGCGAUGACGGUGCUAUUCAUUUCGCUCAACAACCAAUUAAUUUAGCAGUUAUUGAUAAAGGCUUCUCACUACACGAUCAACACGCCUAUUUAAAUAUGUUUAUUAACCGUCGUGUACAAGAUCGAUAUAGUUUUCAAAGACAAACAUUUGCCUAUGAAUAUGCUGAAACAGACUAUGUUUUACCUCGCGGUGGUGAUAUGUAUCUUGAUGAAGAAGGCAUUGCAACAGUUAUAAAGUACAAAUAUGCUCAUUGGCCUCAACCCGAUAAUAUGACCAUGUUGCGACAACGUUUAGUAGAUCUUCAUUCCGACGAACAUACAACAUCAUGUGUUGCUGAUGCUGCAAGAUUUCAUGCUCGACAUACAUUUAAUUCAACGUAUAUGUAUGUAUUUGCUUAUCAUUCAUUAGCAAGUUAUUAUCCAUAUUGGAUGGGUGCACCGCGUAGUAGUGAACUUGAUUAUCUUUUUGGAAUGCCAUUUAUAAAUGAUUCUCAACGGAUGCCUUGGCAUGGUCUACUACGACGACAAAUAUUUACGUAUGUCGAUGAAGAAAUGUCUAAUUAUACAAUGCAAUUAUUUGUUAAUUUUGCACGAUACGGAGAACCAACACCAGGUGGAUUUCUCCGUGAAUAUACUCCGCCAUCACUAGAGCGUCCGUCUGGUUUAGUUCAUUCUCCGUUGGGCUAUGCGCUUCGUCUUAAUGUAGCAUGGCUACCACAAUUAGUACAAAAUAUGACUUAUUUACUUAUUGAUCGUUAUCCGUCGUUACAAACGAAUUAUCGAUUUGAUGCAGCCGGAUUUUGGUCAGAAUAUUGGCCGACAGCAUUUCAACGUCGAAUAACACCUGUUCCAACAAAAUAUUAUAAACAUGCAGUUUUGAAUCAUCGUGAUACGACAAUUUUAAUGUUAUUUUUUAUUUGCGCGUUUAUCUUAGCUAUUAUUGUAUUGAUUAUUCUUUGUGGUGUCCUAUUUGUACGUGUACGUCACGAAACAAAUGAAAGUGUAAAUAAAACUAACAGUAAUAGAAGACAGACGAAAUUUGAAAAUAAGGAAUAG